AUGCAGACGACAUUAGCUCUCGUGAGCCUCCUGGCCUUCCUCACCAGCGCCGUCUCUGGCACCGCGCUCACAUAUAAGCUGCUCGCGCACGAGAAGGCCUGCUACUUCACCGACGUGCAACAAGUUGGCGCCAAGAUUGCAUUCUACUUCGCAGUACAAUCGGGCGGCUCCUUUGACGUCGAUUACUCCGUUGUCGGGCCCAAUGAGCGCGAGGUCCUGGCUGGUCACAAGGAGCGCCAGGGCGACUUUGUAUUCACCGCGAACGACCUCGGCGAGUAUCGCUUCUGCUUCAACAAUGAGAUGAGCACGUUUGCGGAGAAGACAGUUGAUUUCGAGAUCUCGGUCGAGAACGAAGUCCGCCCCGCCCAAAUCCCCUCCAAACAAGGCACAACACCCGAGCAAACCUCGAAGCUCGAAGACUCGAUCCUCAAGCUCUCCUCCUCCAUCUCCACAAUAACGCGCAACCAGAAAUACUUCCGCACGCGCGAAAACAGAAACUUUAGCACCGUGCGCAGCACCGAGAAGCGCAUCUUUAAUUUCAGUGUCAUGGAGAGCUUGAUGAUGGUUGCCAUGGCUGGUCUGCAGGUGUUUAUUGUGCGCUUCUUCUUUCAGGGCGCGCGCAAAGGUUAUGUGUGA